AUGACUGACGAAUUUAGGUCCGCAUUACCCACGAUCCUCAAACACGAGAGCAAACUCUUUAAAAAGUUUCGACAAAAGUACAAAGACCUCGUUGUGGAUCAUGAAUACUCCCUUUAUGCUCUAGGCACCAUUGAAUCUGAUGGUUUCGCGUCGAAAACAUCGUCUAGAGAGUUUGAGAAAGUGUGUCAGGAGAACCCUGACUGUCAAGCGGUUGAUCCAUUGGACUAUGGACUUCUUGAUACGCACUGUACGUACAAUCUUGAUGAGCCCAGCAUAGCUAUCGGUUCACAAGUACGAAGCUACUUCGCGCAGCGAUUCGAACGACUCGGCGUAAAAGUAGUGCUAGAGACUAAGGUACUCGCCGUCGAAAAUUAUGAGCUUCAACAAGAGGGUACACCAAGUGCCACGAAACACAUACGUACAGUCCAUCUUGGUCAAUCACUCAACAAAAGCUUUGUAUCUGAUGUUGUCGUCAACUGUACUGGAUUUGAGGAUCUCGUGCCAAGAGAUAGCUGGUUACACUCGUCUUUCGAUUUUGAGUUCAUCUACCAGGCCUGUCUUGCCCUUCGCUUUCGAGACAAUGCUCCAACCUCAACGAAACCAAUGUCACUCAUAUUUAUGGACGGCUGGUUCCCAUGCCUCAUGCCAGCCAUUUCUAAUAUAAAUUCUGGUGCGCCCCAACAGGACUACAUCCUUACUCACGGCGCAUAUACGAUUCUCGGUUCCUUCGAGUGCCCACAGAAGGCGCGAUUGCUGCUCGAUGAAUACCUCGACGAUGCUCUUGUAGAUGCUAUGGCCCGCGUUCCAGCAGAGGCUGAGAUGCGUCGCUUCUGGCCGGCAUUCUCUGAUCGUUUCACGUACGAGGGCUGGUAUGGCGGUGUCUUGGCAAAACCGAAAUGCCCUACCGAGUUUCGAAGUGGUUUCGCUUUCCAAUAUGAUGGAGUUGUUCACGUCUUUCCGGGAAAGAUUAGUAAUGUUAUAGACGUUGGUGAGGAAGUCCUCACCUUGCUUGGUCUGGGCAGCACGGGUAUCAGGGUCUUGGAGCAAGACGGAUGUCGCUACGUCGAGAAUGGCAUCUUUCAUCAAGGACAGGAGGAACUACAGAAGAUGAACAAAAGAACAGACAGAAGUACAAGCAAUCUUCAAACAUUCAGGGAUGUCCUUGGCGCUUAA